AGCGAGCCAUAGGUGCGUCACUAGUUGACUGGAGUACGUGAGUGCAAACACGUCGUUUCAGCUGGUGUGCGUUACGCGCGACUCAGCCACGGUUUUGAACCUGAAGACCGUAAUUUACCCCGGAGUAGGUGAACAAUGAUUUUAAAGUGGCUUCGUUCCGGUGGCAGCCGGCUUAUCGCACGAAAAAUGCACAGCAGUGCAGGUGGUUCCAGUAGAAAGUCGUCUGUGAUAAGAAUUCUUGGCAGUGCGGCAUGCAUUGGUGGAGCUACAGCCGCGAUAGCUUACCACUGGCUAUACCGGAAUGAGGUUCAAAUGGCAGCCGUCACCGGUUCGGUCGCAAAGCUGGCCAACGUUUCGCGGUACAUGGCCGAACCGAUCACCAGCCGGCAGGUGCUAGAUGCGAACCGGAACGAUAUGAAGUGCCGCAUGGAAGAGCUGGUGAUGAGGAUACAAUACGACUUUUGCCGGUCACUGGAAGCUGAAGAGCACUUCGGCAAGAAGUUUCUGGUCGAUCGGUGGGAGCGAAAAGAGGGUGGCGGUGGCAUUACCUGUGUCCUGCAGGAUGGCGACGUGUUCGAAAAGGCCGGUGUAAACAUAUCGGUGGUACACGGGAACCUGCCGAAAGGAGCCAUCCAGCAGAUGCGUUCUCGCGGCAAACAGCUAGCCGAGGGCGAGCUGCCCUUUUUCGCCGUGGGCGUUAGCGCCGUCAUCCAUCCACGCAAUCCGAUGGUGCCGACGAUCCACUUCAAUUAUCGCUACUUCGAGGUGACGGACUCGGCCGGUCAAAAGCAAUGGUGGUUUGGUGGCGGUACUGAUCUCACGCCGUACUAUCUGAAUGAGGCGGACGCGGAACACUUUCAUCGCACGUUGAAGGAAGCGUGCGAUCCGCACGAUUCGUCGUACUAUCCACGGUUUAAGGAGUGGUGCGACAAGUAUUUCUUCAUACCGCACCGCAACGAAAGCCGCGGCGUCGGAGGCAUCUUCUUUGACGAUCUGGACGGGCCUGAUGCCGAACGGGCGUUCGAUUUCGUUUCUUCCUGUGCGCAUUCCGUUGUGCCAUCGUAUCUACCCUUGGUUCGUCAACACAAAAAUGACCCGUACGGUGAUCGGCACCGGCAGUGGCAACUGUUGCGCCGUGGUCGUUACGUCGAGUUUAACCUGAUAUACGAUCGCGGGACCAAGUUUGGACUAUACACGCCUGGUGCGAGAUACGAGAGCAUUCUUAUGUCUCUGCCACUGAAUGCGAGAUGGGAGUACAUGAAUGUACCUACCGAGGGGACAGAAGAAGCGGCCAUCAUCGAGGUUCUCAAGAAGCCCAAGAAUUGGCUUAAAUUAUAAUACCGGGGCAACCAUUCACAAACGGAUACGGGAAAAGUGAUCGGAAUGGAAUGUAUGGAAUUUAGGAAGGAAAAGUUGUUUUUAUUCGAAAACAAUAUAUUGUUUUAAUGAUUAUUA